GCUGGUCCCGCGCCUCCUCUGGCCGGUUUGCAGACUGCUGGGAGUUGGCUCCGCUCGGCUGUUCCCAGUCUGCGGAGACUCUUUCCCGGUUGUGUGCCCAGCUCGGCUCCGCAAUGCCGGUGGACCUCAGCAAGUGGUCCGGGCCUUUGAGCCUGCAGGAAGUGGACGAGCGGCCGCAGCAUCCGCUGCAGGUCAAAUACACCGGGACAGAGAUCGACGAGCUGGGCAAAGUGCUGACGCCCACCCAGGUUAAAAACCGGCCCACCAGUAUUGCGUGGGAUGGCCUUGAUUCUGGUAAACUCUACACCUUGGUCAUGACAGAUCCAGAUGCUCCCAGCAGGAAGGACCCCAAGUACAGGGAAUGGCACCAUUUUCUGGUGGUCAACAUGAAGGGCAAUGACAUCAGCAGUGGCACAGUCCUCUCCGAUUAUGUCGGCUCUGGGCCUCCCAAGGGCACAGGCCUUCACCGCUAUGUCUGGCUGGUUUACGAGCAGAAGGGGCCACUGAAGUGUGACGAGCCCAUCCUCAGCAACCGAUCUGGAGACCACCGUGGCAAAUUCAAAGUGGCAUCUUUCCGCAAAAAGUACGAGCUUGGGCCCCCAGUGGCCGGCACGUGUUACCAGGCGGAAUGGGAUGACUAUGUGCCCAAACUCUAUGAGCAGCUCUCUGGGAAGUAGGGGAAGGCCAGGAGAUAGAGGCCAUCCUGGAAACCUCAAGCAGUGUUCUCAAGUUCAGUGAUGCAUGUAGAUUUCUCUGCUUCCCCGUUCCCAUUCUCACAGGUGAGGCCUGAGCAGUCAGGUAGUGGUCUAGAGUGACCUUUCCUUCUGCCUGUCCUUUAUAAUUCUAGAGGGUCACACUGCCCAUUUCUGUUUUGAUCAAAUUUGAACUCCAUUUUUGGGGGAUAUUUUGGUAUUGUGUUAGGGUCAUCAAAUUGUUACGAUAAGAAUAGCAAUUCAGAAUUUCAAGAAAUAAAAAUUGAGGUAAAAAGACCAGGUCUUUGGUGGUAGAGUAGAGUGUACUAGAAUCUUUAAGGUUAAAAAAAAAAAAAAAAAAAGAUUGAUUGCCUCUGCCUUUGUGAGCCUGAGUCCGGAAUUGUGCAUGAUGGCACUUCUGGGUCAUGUUUUCACGGCUGUGUUUCUCACCGGAGGCUGGUGUGUGCACUAAUCCCCAACGUGGUACAUCUCAGACUGUUUACUAGGGGUCAGUGCUCUGCUCUGGCUCCUUGGAAGAGCAGUACUGGAACAAGCAGUAGGAAGAGUGGCUUUGCGGUUAAGGCACAAUCUAGAUGCGCUGCAGGGCUGGGUGAGGGGUUGUCAGAAACCCCGAGGUCUGUGUCUGUUGAACUGGUCACUCUUUGUGGAAAAGCCAAUCUGGAGUUGCGGAAUAUUGUGUUAAUUCUGCUGUUUGCUUAUAGUUGAAUAAAAUAAAAACAUUGUGUGGACGAA